AUGCAGAUCCGUGUUCUUCUCACAGUCCUCAUGGGCGUGACCUUUACCGCAGCUCUCACACCUGCCGACUGCGACUGCUUCACUGUCUGUGAUGGCGACCUUCACGACGCCGACAACUGCUACAACUCCAACAUUGGAUGUGGAACUUUCGAUGCCCCAACUUGUUGCGUAAAGGGUAUCAUUCGGCUUUGA